AUGGACCCGGACUUCUCGCCCGGAGGCGGGGGGCCCAGCUUUGAGUUCGCCUUCAACGAGGUCAACUUCUCCGACCGGGAAUUGCGGAUCGAGGUCGUCGCCGGGGAUGACGACACGCCGGGCUCCAGCGGCGGCGGUGCCGGAGGAGGUGGCCUCGCCGACUGGGCGCGCCACCGCAAGCGCCGCCGCGAGGAGCUCCUCAAGGAGAAAGAAUCUACAACUCACAUGUCAGACCAAACAAAUUGCAAUGAAGUCGAAGCAGAAGAGUGUGAUGCAUAUGAAGAAAAUCAAGAGGAACCUGUAGCAAUGAUAGAAGAAUCUCCACCCGAUGUUGGCCAAGAAGGUGAUGAUGGGCAAGGUAUUGAUUCAUCUUGGACUGUGGUCGGUACGCCAGUUUUACGAGUCAAGACAAUUUAUAUCAGUUCGGCGAUUCUUGCUGCGAAGAGUCCUUUCUUUUUCAAGCUUUUCUCAAACGGCAUGAAAGAAUCGGAUCAGAGAUAUGCAACCCUUAGAAUUACUGACUCAGAGGAAACUGCCCUCAUGGAGCUUUUAAGCUUUAUGUAUAGUGGAAAGUUGACAACUACUGAGCCCACUCUUCUGCUGGAUAUCUUGAUGGCUGCCGACAAAUUUGAGGUUGUUUCAUGCAUGAGGUACUGCAGCCAGUUGCUCACAAGCUUGCCGAUGACCACAGAAUCUGCACUUCUCUACCUAGAUCUUCCCUGCUCAAUUUCAAUGGCAGCUGCAGUUCAACCACUGACAGAUGCAGCUAAGGAUUUCCUUGCUGUAAAAUACAAGGAUUUGACUAAGUUCCAAGAUGAAGUGAUGAACAUCCCUCUUGCUGGAAUUGAAGCCAUCUUGUCAAGUAAUGACCUCCAGGUGGCAUCUGAAGAUACGAUCUAUGACUUCUUGCUCAGAUGGGCCCGUGCACAAUACCCGAAAUCAGAAGAGAGACGUGAGAUCCUUAGUUCUCGGUUGCUCCCUCUUGUGCGAUUCAGUCACAUGACAUGUAGGAAGCUGCGGAAGGUCCUAACAUGCACGGAUAUAGACCAUGAGCAAGCAACCAAGUGUGUCACCGAGGCUCUUCUGUACAAAGCUGAUGCACCACACCGGCAACGAGCUCUUGCAGCGGACACAAUAACCUGUCGGAAAUUCGCUGAGCGGGCUUACAAGUACAGACCACUCAAAGUCGUUGAGUUUGAUCGGCCCUACCCACAGUGCAUAGCAUACUUGGACCUCAAGCGCGAGGAGUGCUCUCGACUCUUUCCUGCAGGCAGGAUAUACUCGCAAGCGUUCCACCUCGCAGGUCAGGGCUUCUUCCUCUCAGCUCACUGUAACAUGGAGCAGCAAAGCACGUUCUACUGCUUUGGCCUCUUCCUGGGGAUGCAAGAGAAGGGCUCAAUGAGCGUGACCGUGGACUAUGAGUUUGCUGCAAGGACGAGACCAUCCGGCGAGUUUGUGAGCAAGUACAAGGGUAACUACACAUUCACCGGUGGAAAGGCAGUUGGGUACAGGAAUCUCUUUGCAAUCCCAUGGCAGACGUUCAUGGCCGAUGACAGCCUCUUCUUUAUCGACGGGAUGCUGCAUCUGAGAGCCGAGCUUACGAUAAAGCAACCCUAG